UCGAAUUCUGUUUGCUCAAACGUCUAAGUAAACUUGCCAUAUUGGAUGACAUGUACUAAGUGCACUGCUUUAACGAACUCAAACUAACUAUAUUGCCAGCCCAGAAAACACAAUAAACAAACUGUUAAACCAUGGCUAUUGACCAAUGCUUCAUUAAUUAAUCGCUGUUACUCCGCUAAUCAUUACCACCUACUUUAUUCUCUUCUUUACUACCUUCAUUACAAAAUACUUGCGUAAUUCUGAAACAGAAAUAUUGAAACCAGUUUCAAAUUAAUUACCUUGUCGCGUUUCCAAAAUGAGUUCGGAGCCCCAAGUCGAGUUUAAGGUGUUGUUCAUGGGCCCGUUCAGGGGUGGCAAGACAAGUAUUCUGGAGAAAUACCUCUACGGAAAACCACCUCGUGAUCACGUGGCAUCCAUGGGCACUGAAGUAUUCCACAAAAAGAUCAUCAGCAAUGACAUUGUGGUGGGCAUCAACUUCUGGGACAUGCCUGGACAGGACAGGACGCCCAGUCUGUCUGCCCAGCUGGUGCGGGAGAGCCAGGCGGUCAUUCUGGUGUUCGACCUCAGCGACAAGAAAUCAUUCGAGGAGUGCUCCAAGUGGAAACAGGCACUCGACACCAAGUUGGAAAAAGUACCGGUCUUUUUAUUGGGAAACAAAGUAGACCUAGUUGCGAGUCAAAAGAUGUCGGCACUGAAACGAGACAUGAAAGAGUUCUGUAGUCGCAACUCCUCCAAAAACCCAAUAGUCACCUACUUCAUGGUCAGUGCCCUCAGCGACGACAAAGUUCUGACCGAGAGUUUGCAGCAGAUUAUAGAGCAUCUUCUCACAAUGAGUAAUCCAGCGUCCUCUAGAAACAAUGAUAGUAUUCCAAUCGGACAAGAGAGGCCAUCGCGAGAGAAGUCGUGCAAGUGUUCUUGAUAUCAAACUUGACGAUUGAUAGAUUAAUGACGAAAUAGUUCUAACUUAAUUAAAGGUUCUUUUUGCUGAUAGAUUAAUGACGAAAAGGUUCUAGUUUAAUUUUUCUUAUUCUUACAGGUGGCAGAAGCAAAAGUUAAUGAUGUUAGCUUAGUUGCAAACAGUCAA